AAUCUUUGGCCAAGAGCACGUUUCAGUCCUAUCUGAGCGUAAAGUGUAUGUUAUUGAACAUAUGUGCCCAUACACGCUUGUGAAAUAGUGUGUUAGUGGAGUAGUGACGUGUAAAACAGACGAGCAUUGUUUACGUUUGCCUUCUAUAUGAGAGGAGAUUCGGAAAUAAAAUAUUUAUUAAAGAAAUACCCUUUUUUAAUUUUGUGUCUAGAGAAGCAACAAUUUAGAAGUUGCGAUGGGAAAAGCAAAAAGAGGCAAAAAAGGUGCCAAGGAUGAGGAAAUUGAAGAUGAUGUUGGGGAAUCACAAUUUAUUGAUGAAACACCUGUUAAAGGGAAGGAAAAGAAAGUUAAACCUAGGAAUAAGUAUGAAAAUGAACAGGAUUUGGAAGAUAUAGAUGAUGAAAAUGAUCCAACAAAGAAGAAAAGGGUAAAGAAGGAGAAGAAAAAACACAAAGAUGGUGGUGAUCGUGAGACUGAUAGUGAUGAAGAUGAAUCAGGAAAGAAGAAGAAGGUAAAAAAGGAGAAAAAGAAACAGAAGGACGAUGAUGACGACGACCACGAGGGAGACAGUGUCGAUAAAAAGCUAGAGGACCUGCAUAUCGAUACAGAACGUGCAGGAAAAAAGCAGCCUAAGAAAAAUAAAGGAGCUGAUCUCAAUGAAGAUGAUGAUACCGUAAAGCAGCCUUCUAAACCUUCAAAGGCAAAGAAACAGCAAAAAAUUAUGGUGGCUGAUGAAGAUGAAGAUAGUGAGAGUGAAGAAAAAUCUAAAACCCCUGUCUCUCAGAAUAAAAAAAAGGGGGCUAAGAAAAGUUUUGCUUUGUUGGAUGUAGAUGAUGGUGACUCUGGCUCAGCUAGUGAUAAGGAUAAGAAUAGAGACUCAGAAGAAGACACGCGUGAAGUAAAAAAGGCAAAGUCAAAUAAAAAGGUGGUGUCUAGGACUGAUAGUUUUGAGGAUGAUAGUGAAAGGACGAAAGAAGAUAAAAGUGCAGUGAGUGGUGGCAAGAAAGGGAAAAAAGCCAGGCGGAAGAAGGAUGAAGAUGAUGAGGAGGACAUUGAGAGAAUGUUAGCUGAACUGGAGAUGGAAUAUUCAGGUGUGAAGAAAGAACAGGUUGAAGGUACAGAGGAGAAAAAAGUUAGUGCAGAUGGUGAUUUAGGGGCGAAGAAAGAUUCUAAAAAGAAAAGUAAGAAGAAAUCUAAAACUGACGUUGAAGACGUGGAACUUGAUGACGAUGAUGUGACUGUAGUUGAUGGUGAGGAACUUGAAAGUACUGUUAAGACUGCUGCACAGAAGAAGAAGGAGAAGAAAGAAAGAGAGAAACAGAAGAAACUUGCUCAGAAGAAAGUGGAACCAGUUAAGAAGGCCGAAGAGAAUCAAGAAAGCGAUAGACCUGCCACAGUAAAGCCUGAGGAGAAGGUGAAGCCUGAACAGAAAGAAGAGAAACAGCCUGUUGAGGGAGAAGAAGAUGAAGAUGAUAAGAAGAAAAAGAAAAAGAAGAAAGGUAAACCGGAAGAGGAAACAAAGGAAAAAACAAAAGGUCCAACAAAGAAAGCUAUAGCUGCUAUGCAAGAGGCCCUUAAAAAACUGAAAGAAGAGGAAGAGAGGCUAGCCAGGGAGGAAGAAGAGAGGCUCAGGAAAAUUGAGGAAGCAGAGAGAGCAAAGGAAGAGCAGAAACGUUUGGAGCAGGAACGAAAGGAACGAAAGAAGCAGAAGGAAAAGGAACGUAAGGAAAGACUGAAGGCUGAAGGCAAGCUUUUGACUGCAAAACAAAAGGCUGAUCGUGCUAGAGCACAAGCAAUGAUCGAAGCACUGAAGGCACAAGGUGUUGAUGUUCCAAAUGUGGGUGAGAAGAAACAGACCACACCAAGACCAGGGACACGAAUCAGGCCAAACAAAGUAAAGGCGCAACCACCCACUCCCGCCCAACAGGAAGCUACAGUUGAACGCAAGGUGGAAGUUGAAGUCGUGGACAAAAUACCUACAGAAGUAAACAAUAAAGAUGUUAAGGAUGAAGAGGACGACGUUAAAGAAGCAUGGGAUGCAGAAUCAUCUCACGAUGAAGAGGAAGAAGAGAAAUCGGAAGGGGAGAAAGUGGAGGUAGGAAAGAAAACACCAGAAAAGCAAAAGAGUCAAGAUGAUGAAAAAGAGGAAGAGGAGGAAGAUGAGGAGGAGGAAGAAGAAGAAUCUGAAUCUGGAGAAGAAUCAGAGGAUGAAAGUGGCGAGGAAGAUUCUGAAGAUAGUGAAGAAGAGCACAAGACUGAUGCUGAAAGAAAGAGGGAACGGGCACUUGCUCGUAUACAGAAACGCCGUGAAGAUGCUGAGAAGAACAAGUCACUAGAUGUUCUCCGUGCAGCGGUUGUGUGUGUCCUGGGUCAUGUAGAUACAGGCAAAACAAAGAUUCUUGACAAAUUACGACGUACAAAUGUGCAAGAUGGAGAAGCUGGAGGAAUUACUCAGCAAAUAGGUGCAACAAAUGUCCCUAUUGAUGCAAUUAAGGAACAGACCAAACAUGUUAAAGGGUUCUCUGAGACGGAAUUGAAGAUACCAGGUCUGCUCAUCAUUGAUACACCAGGACACGAGUCUUUCAGCAAUUUGCGAAGUCGUGGUUCCUCGCUGUGUGAUAUAGCAAUUCUAGUUGUUGAUAUCAUGCAUGGGCUUGAACCACAGACAAUUGAAUCAAUCAAUUUGCUGAAAAACAAGAAGACACCGUUCAUUGUAGCACUAAACAAAAUUGACAGGUUGUAUGACUGGCAGACAAUGAAUAGAAAGGAUGUGCGGGACAUCAUCAAGGGCCAAGCUGCAAAUACGCAACUGGAAUUUGAGCAGAGGACUAAAGAAGUCAUUGUCCAGUUUGCAGAACAGGGUCUCAAUGCUGCUCUAUUCUAUGAUAAUCCUGAUGUCCGGAGUUACGUCUCCCUGGUACCUACAAGUGCCAUUACAGGGGAGGGCAUGGGAAAUCUGCUGGCUCUUAUUGUUGACAGCUGUCAGAAUAUGUUGGCAAAGAGACUGAUGUACUCAGAGGAACUUCAGGCAACAGUUUUGGAGGUGAAAGCUAUACCUGGCCUGGGAACAACUAUUGAUGCAAUUUUAGUCAAUGGAAGACUUCGAGAAGGUGACACCAUGGUCCUUGCAGGCACAGAUGGUCCGAUUGUGACGCAGAUUAGAUCCCUCCUGAUGCCGCAGCCCAUGAAGGAAUUACGUGUGAAGAAUGCGUAUGUGGAGUACAAGGAGAUACAAGCAGCACAGGGUGUCAAGAUAGCAGCAAAGGAAUUAGAAAAAGCAAUUGCAGGGCUCAAUUUGCUAGUUGCACAAAAGCCAGAUGAAGUGGACAUCUUGCGAGAUGAAGUUGCAAGAGAAUUGCGUUCAGCUUUAAGCAAAAUAAAGCUUGCUGAAAGAGGGGUGUAUGUGCAGGCAUCUACCCUUGGCUCACUUGAAGCAUUGUUGGAAUUUCUGCGAACUUCCAAGAUACCAUAUUCCAACAUACGAAUUGGACCUGUUGUAAAGAAAGACGUAAUGAAAGCGUCGACCAUGCUGGAACAUGAGAGCCAGUAUGCUACAAUUUUGGCUUUUGAUGUGAAAGUCGAGCGAGAUGCCCAAGAGCUAGCAGAUACCUUAGGUGUGAAAAUAUUUCAAGCUGAUAUUAUAUAUCACCUCUUUGACAAGUUCAUGGCAUAUCGAGAAGAACUACGACAAAGGAAGAGAGAGGAAUUUAAGCAUAUUGCAGUGUUUCCUUGCAAGUUGAAGGUGUUACCUCAGUAUAUAUUCAACUCUCGCGAUCCUAUUGUGAUGGGUGUGAUGGUUGAAGCAGGAAUUGUCAAAGAAGGAACUCCUAUAUGUGUACCAAGUAAAGAUUUUGUUGACUUGGGCAUUGUUACAACUAUUGAAGUAAACCAUAAAAAUGUGGAGAGUGCACGCAAGGGUCAAGAAGUAAGCAUCAAGAUAGAGCCAAUUCCCGGAGAAGCUCCGAAGAUGUUUGGUCGUCAUUUUGAUGAGAAGGAUUUCCUAGUCAGCAAGAUUUCAAGACAGUCAAUUGAUGCUUGCAAGGACUACUUCAGAGAUGAUUUAGUGAAGACAGACUGGCAGCUCAUGGUUGAGCUGAAGAAACUUUUCCAGAUUCUGUAGUAGUGGCAUCCUGAUGCAGUCUUCCAGAGAUUUUCUUCUGCAUUCUAGGUCUUAACACACAGUGUGUGACCAAUGUUUGCAUCUGAUAAUGUAGCCUUGCCAGUUUAGUGUGGCAUAAUUGUUCAGUGAUCCAUGAUAUAUUAUGGUCUGAGCAGUGAAAUUCUUGCAUUAUGAGUUCAGAUCUGUCUAAUGUGGGAGCAAGAUGGGAAAAAUCUCAUGUUUCUAGUUCUUGGUUGAGGCUGCAGAGCAACUUUUCUAUUUAUAUAAAAUGUUUUGAUGUUUUGUAUGUAUGAAUAUAGGUAUAGUAUAUCUGAAGAAUAUAUAUUGAAGUAUAUAUAAAAUCUGCAAACUAUUUAAGCAAAUUAUGUACAUUUUUUGCAACUGAAAAGAGCCUAGUUUAUACUUGUAUACAAAUCUUUGUUGAGGGUGUGAGCAAUGAUAGUAUUACUGUUAAAACUAACUAGUGGAUGCAGGUAAACAAUUUUAGGUGAUCUCUCUUAGGAGUGUUCACCAGAUUAAUCUCCCAACGCCUUUCUUUUGCAGGGAGCUAUCUCUAUGAUCUUCCUAAUCAUAAUUAUUGUCCAAAUUGACACUCUUAUUGAAAAGAAACCAAGUACUUUGUGGUGUUUUUAUUUUAUAAUCCUGUAAUUCAGGGAAAUUGCUGUGAUUUGAAGUCUGCAAAUGAUUUGAAGUCUGCAAAUGAUUUGAAGUCUGCAAAUGAUUUGAAGUCUGCAAAUGAUUUGAAGUCUGCAAAUGAUUUGAAGUCUGCAAAUGAUUUGAAGUCUGCAAAUGAUUUGAAGUCUGCAAAUGAUUUGAAGUCUGCAAAUGAUUUGAAGUCUGCAAAUGAUUUGAAGUCUGCAAAUGAUUUGAAGUCUGCAAAUGAUUUGAAGUCUGCAAAUGAUUUGAAGUCUGCAAAUGAUUUGAAGUCUGCAAAUGAUUUGAAGUCUGCAAAUGAUUUGAAGUCUGCAAAUGAUUUGAAGUCUGCAAAUGAUUUGAAGUCUGCAAAUGAUUUGAAGUCUGCAAAUGAUUUGAAGUCUGCAAAUGAUUUGAAGUCUGCAAAUGAUUUGAAGUCUGCAAAUGAUUUGAAGUCUGCAAAUGAUUUGAAGUCUGCAAAUGAUUUGAAGUCUGCAAAUGAUUUGAAGUCUGCAAAUAGAUAUUAUGCUUUUUUAUCUUCUGAAAAAUACUCUUUCUCUUUGAAACAGAUUAUAGUUGCACAGUAAUCUUAAGUUAGCUUGUUUUGGCUCUUUCAUAUAGUAUCUCAAUUAUUAUUAUUUUUUUUAAUUGUGUUCCAAACUCUUCGUGGUUCUGCUGCAUUGUGUUGCUUCGUCCUAUUGUUAAUGUUAUACAAAUUCAGUACAAUAUGAAAUAAUCAUAUUUUUCUAUUCAGUACUAUGAAUUUUGUUUUAUCACCGUUGCAAAAUUUUAUAAGUAGUAUAAGAAUGUACUGCCACAGAUGUUAGUUUUUGUGUUUAGAAGAGAAAGAAUUCAGUCAAGAACAUGAAGCUAAAUAAAGAAUGGUAAUAAUUUUGAUUCAGUAUUUCAGCUGUAGCCGCAUACUACGAUGAGACCAGAAAAGCAAGUUGAUUUUUUUAAAAGUUAAGGUAUAUUUCAUACUAGAUUUAACCAUGCUUAAAGGGAUGCAUGAUUCCCAUACCAUCCUCAUCUGUUUCACAUAUUGAUUGUCUUGUAAUAUCAGAUGAGAGUGAGAUGUGAACUAUCAAUUUGUUUAUGUUUUCUCACUCUAGGGAAAUAGUUUGUUUUCCUGUUUAUAGAAAAUGGCAAAUCUGUAGUAUUGCAGAAAUUGCAGCAGAUCCAUGACUGUGGAGACACCUAUUGUCAUCUUUAUGUGUAUGUAUUCUUAUGCACAAGAUCAAAUUAUCCAUUGCCCCACAAUUACAUUAUUUUUGAAAGAUGUGAAUGUUUUUAAAAAAAUUUAAUACACAAAAGUAUUGUUUUAAUGCAGCUUGUGGUAAUCAUGUACUUAAUUUAUGAAGAAUUAGUUUUUUCUGUCAUUUAACUGAUAUUUUUGUCUGUGAUGGAAUAUGUGUGUUUGGGUGAGAUCGUAAUUUGCCAUUGCAUAGCACUGUAACAUUUGCAGAAAUUCUGUUCAUUCUGGUGUCACUGGUUAACAAUAACAGCUGUAAUAAUUGUUUGAAAUAAAUGAAAAUUGAACUACAUGAAA